AUAAAAAUAAAUUGUUAUAUUAUAAAAGUUAAUUUUUCUACUUAUGCAUUACAUUUGGAUGGUUUGUCCAGUGUCUAAAAUAAUAUCAAAACAUACCUAAGUUAUUUUUAAAAGCUUAAAUUGUAUGAAGCAGUGAGACAUGAAUGUGUAAAUUGCAUAUUAAAAGAAAUCUAAAGCUUUUUUAUGUAUCAUUUACUCUAUAUGAAUGAUGCUUGAUAAAAAUUUAUAAGAAACAAUAUUUUUUUUAAUUAAUUUUUUAAUUGUUAACCAUUUUUAAAUACACUUCAUAGCUUAUGAUGAAUAUUGUAUCAAUGCUAAGAACAAGUUUAUGCACAUUAUAAAUAAUUAAGUAUACUAAUUUUAUUGUAAUAUUGUAUGUGCUUUACGAUAAUAAUAUUCUAAAAAAGUGAAAGUUAUUUUCUACCUACAGCCAGACGGCAUUGGAACUGUGACUGUUGAAGAGAACGAUUUUUUUGCCGAUAUUAAUGAACAAUACAGAAUACUUCUUGAAAACCAAAUUACUCAUUUUAGGUAUUGCUUCCCCUUUGGUCAACCAGAAGGUGCACUUAAAGCUGCACUUUCUUUUUUGGAGAGGGAACUGAAGCUGCAAAACAACAGCAGCAACAACAACCUCCUGAAGAGCAAGGUAAACUUUAGAGUGUGCUAAUUGAGCUUUAAAUUUACAUUUUUCCUGUUAUUUCUUUUUGUGUUGUAUUUAUGUAGCCCAAGUAGCACAGGGAUAUUGUAACAGCUUUAGUCUACAUCGACCGACAUUGUCAAUAUUGGCGAAAAUCGAAAUUGUGUGUACGAUAUUGUACGAUUCCCGUCGAUUUCACAUUAAAGAUCUGUUUGUAAAAUUUUCAUUUAAAACUUUAUUGCGUUCUUAAAUCAAAAUUAAUCAUUUAAAAGACAAAAAAUGACGUCAAAUUGUUAUAAUUCCAAAAAAUAAAUUUAAAAUAUAAAUUUAGAGAUAUCCGAACAACACUCGGACAAUAUUUGAUAUCAAUAUUGUAAUCGUGCUUUUGUCAUGACAUCGAUCGUUUUCACUAAAUACUGAAAUCUGUGAUGUAUACCACUCGCAACUGCAACCGUAACCUGAUUCUCUUUAAGUGUAUUGCGGUCUCUUUAAUAAGUGUUUACGUCUUUUGUCCUUAUAUUUAAAUCUGAUUUCAUCUUUUAAGAUAUUUAUCGCAAGGCAUCAUGUCAGGUAAGUCGAGUAAAACUCGUAUUAAACUCAUUAAAAGAAAAGUUUGUAAAAAAAUAAAACUUGCUGAAGAUGACGCCGAAUUAAUGAAUCUUUUGAAAAUGAGCGAACUCGUUGAAAGCUCCAGAUCCUCGUCCGAUCUUGGCAGGAUUGGGGAAAAUACUUCUGCAUCAGAUGUAGGAAAGGAAAGUCAGUUCCAGCCUCACGAGCUAAAUGUCGAAGAAGAUUUUGGUAGCUUGAAUGCUUCAAUAAUCCAGCCUCAUGAGCCAACUGAUGUAGAAUUGGGUUCUUUAAAUGCUGCACAAAUUGAAUUGGAAUCUUCCGAUAAUCCUGUUCCAUCAGUUUCAGUGGAGGAGCCGGAAAAUGUUCCGAGCAUUAUGGUUGACAAGUCUUUGUCUGAAAAACUGAGAUUUUGGGCAGUUACAAAUAAAAUCAAUCACAAGCAACUAAAAAAUCUUUUGAGUAUACUAAAAGAGUAUCACCCAGAAUUACCUCAAGAUAGCAGAACUAGUUUAAAAACUGCUGGAACAACAAAUAUUCAGAAGUUAGCCAAGUCAGAAUUUAUUUAUUUUGGGAUUGGGAAGAACCUCUGUAAUAUGAAUUUGGAAAAAAUUUCUCCCAAUAGAGAUAUUCAACUGCGGAUAAAUGUGGACGGCUUACCUUUAGCCAAAAGCUCAAGGAUACAGUUCUGGCCAAUUUUAGGGCUUAUAAUCUUUGAAGUCAAAGUUGCUCCUUUCUUAAUAGCUUGCCACAGUGGGCUAUCCAAGCCUAAAUGUUUAAAUGCUUUUUUUAAUGACUUCGUUAGAGAAGUCAAGGAAUUAUCGUCUGAAGGAUUCAUACAAAAUGAUGCACAUUAUUCAUUUUGUAUCAUACAAUUCAAUUGCGAUGCCCCUGCCCGAUUUUUUGUUAAAGCCAUUAAGAAUCACAAUUCCUAUUGGGGCUGCGAAAAAUGCAUUCAAAAAGGAAAAUCUAUUAAUGGCCAUGUUAAGUUUUUAAAAAUGACCAGUGCAAAGAGAACUGAUGGGGAUUUCUCUGACUUUCUUCAAUUUCAACAUCAUGCUGGUAGAUCCCCAUUGUUGGAUUUGAAAAUCGGCAUGAUCAGUCAGUUUCCUUUGGAUCCCAUGCACUUGGUAGACUUGGGUGUGGUAAGGAAACUGCUGAUGUUUUGGAUUAGAAAUGGGAUUAAAAAGAAAGAAAACAGCACCAGAAUGAGUGCCAAACAAGUUGAAGAGAUAUCAGACAGGCUUGUUUCCUUUUCUGAAUGUAUGCCUUCAGAAUUCAGCCGCCCACCUAGGUCUUUAAAAGACAUUGACAGGUGGAAAGCGACUGAAUUCCGACAAUUUUUAUUGUAUCUUGGGCCUGUUGUGUUAAAAGAUAUACUGCCGACAUGUCUUUAUGAUAAUUUUUUAAGCCUUCAUGUGGCAAUUUCUACUUUAGUAGUCCACCUUUAUCUUCUGAUGAAGAAUAUGUAAAGUUUUCCGAGCAGAUGCUCUUAUCUUUUGUUGAAGAUGUUGGUAUUUUUUAUGGUAAAAAGGCCAUCGUCUACAAUGUUCAUAAUCUUUUACAUCUCGCAGAUGAUGUUCGCCUGCAUGGAUGCCUCUCUGAAUUCUCAUGUUACCCUUUUGAGAACUUCCUUGGUGAAGUAAAACAGCUAUUAAGAACAGGGUCGCAUCAUCUAGCCCAGUUAUCAAAAAGAAUUUCAGAAAGGUAUAAUGUUGAAUCAACUACCCCAGUAGAAAAAUACAAAUGGCUUAAUCCCAUUAAAAUCAUUCGAAAUAAUGAGUUUGAAAGAGAAUUUGCUAGUGUGGUAGUAAAUGGCAUACAAUAUUCAUCAAUCAAAAGAGACAACUGUUUUCUUUCAAGUGGUGAAAAAUUUUAUUUGAUUAAACAUGUGAUCAACUGUUUAAGUGAAGAAUGUGUUUUCCUCUGUAAUGAGAUAACCGUUGCAGGACCAUAUUUUAAUACACCGUGUUCCUCAGAAAUAACUUGCAUUUUCUUAUAUGAUAAGAUUCUGAGCAGCUUAGUCAAAGUGAAACUUAGUGAAGUUAAAGCCAAAUGUGUGCUAAAUUGUCACUUUAAAGUUCUUAUUGCUUUAAAUCACUCAUUGUAAAAGUGUUAACUUCUUUGAUUUAAAAUCUCUUGAUUUAGCAGAUACCUUGUAUAUAGAGUUUGUUUGAAAAAAUUUAUAUAUAAUUAAAUAUUAGCUAAGUUCCAUUUAAUAAAACAUAUAAUGCUUGAAAUUUAUUUUAUUAAAAUAUAAAGUGUUUUUAUCGUGUUCUUUAAACAUCAUGGUGUCCUUU